CAUUUCUAAACCUUUUUUCGCUUUGUCAUUAUGUGGUAUUGUGUGUAGAUUAUUUUAAAAUACAUUUUAGAAUACGGCUGUAACAAUGUUGAAAAAGUCAUUUCUGAAUCCACUGUGUGCACUAGCUAAUCACUGUUUCCCAACCUUGGUCCUUGAGGGUCCCCAACAUUACACAGUUUUGUUGUAGCCCUUGACAAACAACUCAAAGGGCUUGAUGGGAAAGGGGGAUACCUAGUCAGUUGUACAACUGAAUGCAUUCAACUGAAAUGUGUCUUCCGCAUUUAACCCCUCAAUCAGAGAGGUGCGGGGGGCUGCCAUAAUUGACAGCCACAUCUUCGGCACCCGAGGAACAGUGGGUUAACUGCCUUGCUCAGGGGCAGAACGACCAAUAUUUUUUUUUUACCUUGUCACCUCGGGGAUUUGAUCCAUCAACCUUUCAGUUACUGGCCCAACACUAACCACUAGGCCACCUGCCUGAUGAUUAGUUGAAUCAGGUGUGCUUGUCCAGGGUUACAAUACUGUUGGGGGUACUAAAGGACCAGGGUUGGGAAACAGAGAUGAUCCACUGGCUGUAAUUACAUUUAUACACAUAGGGAAGUCUAAUUUUAGCUACAAUUAGAAUUUUAGCAAAUAUGUUAGACAACAUAUGUCAUUUUUAGAUGGUAAAAAAAUAUUGUCCUGGGAAAGUACAGUUUGGACCUAAAUGCAGUAUAUAUCUGCUAAUCUGUGAAUUUUAUUUGACACUUAGGGAACACAAGUCAGGGAACACUGAAUGAGUCAUCUGUGCCAUCACAAUCUGUAAUAUCUUCUCACUGCAAAUACUUCAAAACUGUAUCGACUCAUCCAAAUUGCAGUUUAUACAGCUAUUCAAAUCCAUGCAAUAAAAUCCACAGUACAAUAACAAACUCCUGGUGAAUGUCCUUUUAAGGUAUAUUGCUGCUCCCUGGUGUUUCAUUCCUGCACCCCUAACAGGAAGGGUAACAGAAUAGAUAAAGACAAAAUCAUGCAAGCAACACCAAUCUGGGGAGACACGUGGGCUGCGUUUACACAGGCAGCACAAUUCUGAUAGUUUGUUCACUAAUCUGAUCAUCCUUGAAAAAAAUAUUGAUGUGAAAAGAUGAUUUGUCAAAUCAUCUUCUGUUCGCUCUUCAUGUGGGUGGGAGUAUACCGUAACUACUUGAUGAACAUCUUUUCCGCAUUCAAAAGCAAGCCCUCAAGAGCGCGCGCAGUCUGCGCACGGGGACCCAGAGAACAUUUCGCUCGCGGUGGAACUAAACUUGCAGAGUGGACAAGAGAAUAAUUCGUCCACCACGAAGUCGUCUCUAAUAUACGUUCAUUCUAUAUUUGGAGACAACCGGUAUACGUUUGCCUACAACAGGCCUCUGACUGUGCCAGCUCCAGUGGGUGGAGCUACAUUGGGCCCCUCUCUCUACCCGCUCAGCACUGAUGGGACAGAAUCCUGAAUCCUGGAGGAAUCCUUGACGACCCCUCUUUCUUCCUCUGCCCUCCCCGGCUCCCCCCCUCUUUCUCUCCUCUCCUCUUUCCUUAGACUCUCCUCCUCCCCCGGUCUCUUCUCUCAGCGCUGGGAUCAUUACUCAACCCCACUGAAGAAUGGAACACAGUAGCUGGCAAGGAUGAACUGGGUCUGCCUGCCAAUGCAGAAAGGGAGAUAAAAGAGGGAGAAAGAGAGAGUGAAAGAAAAGCGAGCGAGAGAAAGUUCAAAACCUGUGAGUGAAAGAAGAGGUACAUAUUAAAAAUGCCCUUGAGGGAGAAAAUCGACAACUGCACUUGAGCAGUAUAAGCUAGAAGACCUCAGCAAACCUGCCGACCUGGAUGUGUGGAUCUGUAGACACACAUACACACACACACGUCUGUCUCAGUCGCAGCAGAAGACGGCUCCUACCCUGCCCUACACUGUGGGGUGUUUUCAGCGUUAUUCCCUGCCUACCAUACCUGUGUUAGGAGUGGUGGAGAGGAAAUUCAGCAACUCUUAGAGGACAGUGGAAAUUGAUAGAAAUGCUUCUUUGUUAAAACCAGCGUGUUUCGGGCCGUAACCUUUUCUCAGGGUUUUAGUAGUGAACAGGUCAGCACCACCAUGCCGGCUAAAGGGAAGUACCUGUUAAAUGACCAGGAGCUGAAACAUGAGGCCCUGUACAGGAAGUUCUCCUGUAUCAGCCAGUACCAGCCUCUGGUGCUGCUACUGGGCCUCUCCAUGCUGUCCUGCGGAGUCCUCAUCAUCCUCUUCUUCGCCCUGCACCUGAGUGCGGAGGAGCACUGUGCAUUUGUCAGCGUGGUGAGCUGCAGCCUGUGUGUGUUCCUGGCUGUGUUUGUGCUGGUGUGUACAGAGACCCUGACCCAGCGCUGGAGGAGACUGCUGGGUCUGGUGGUCUGGGCCACUCACCUCACCAUGGGAUUCACCUUCAUCUUCAGCGGACCCCUCAUCCUGCCCUGGGACCAGGUUCCCUUCUUCCUGUUCAUCAUCUUCACAGUGUACACCAUGCUGCCUUUCCAGAUGUGCUAUGCUGUGGUGCUCAGUGUGAUCUCCUCACUCUCUCACAUCAUGGUCCUCACUCUACGCCUCACUGUCUUCAACACCCAAGAUCCCAGCCCCUUUCUGGCCAAUCAGCUGCUGUCCAAUGCGGUGGUGUUUCUGUGUGGCAGUGUGGUGGGGGCCUUCCAUAAGGUCCUGAUGGAGAGAGCAAUAAGACAGACCUUCCAGGAUACACUCAGAUGUCUGGGCAUCCGCAUGAAGCUGGAGAUAGAAAAGAGACAACAGGAGAACCUGCUGCAGUCUGUGCUGCCGGUCUACAUCUCCAUGAAGAUGAAGCUGGCCAUCAUGGAGCGUCUGCAAGACUGCAAGGACAAAGAAGAGCAGCAACGACUCGUCAAAGACAACAACUUCCACAGUCUCUACGUCAAGAGACACGAGAACGUCAGUAUUCUGUAUGCUGACAUUGUGGGCUUCACCCGAUUGGCCAGCGACUGCUCUCCGAAGGAGCUGGUCAUCAUGCUCAACGAGCUGUUUGGGAAGUUUGACCAGAUUGCAAAGGAGAACGAGUGCAUGAGAAUCAAGAUUUUGGGAGACUGCUACUACUGUGUGUCUGGCCUGCCUGUCUCCCUGCCCAUGCAUGCCAAGAACUGUGUGAAGAUGGGUCUGGACAUGUGUGAGGCCAUCAAACAGGUGCGCGAGGCCACAGGUGUGGACAUCAACAUGAGAGUGGGCGUUCACUCCGGCAAUGUGCUCUGCGGUGUGAUUGGCCUCCGCAAGUGGCAGUUUGACGUUUGGUCACAUGAUGUCACCCUGGCCAAUUAUAUGGAGUCUGGAGGCUUACCUGGGCGUGUCCACAUCACUGAGGCCACCCUGAAGCACCUGAACAAGGCCUAUGAGGUAGAGGAGGGGAACGGUGGGCUAAGAGAUGCCUACCUGAAGGAGCUCAACAUACAGACAUACCUUGUCAUCGAUCCUCGGUCUAAGGACCAGGCUCUGAACAGCCGCAGCAUGCCCAAGCCGCGUGUGAAUGAUGGGCUGAAGAUGCGGGCGUCAGUGAGAAUGACCCGUUACCUGGAGUCCUGGGGCGCCGUCAAACCCUUCGCCCACCUACAGAGCAGAGAGGGGUACACCACAGACACCAUGGUCAAUGGAAAAUCACGCUGCAAGGACAUCCCUCUGCGCACAGCUCACUCGAAGAUCACUGAGAGGAACAAGUCCCAGAAGAGCAAGUUUGAUGAGGAGCUGCACAAUGAGAUGACCACCACCAUCGAUGAGCUCAGCAGCAAGCAGUGGGUGAAGUCUGAGGAGAUUAGCAGUCUGGCUGUGUGGUUCCCUAAGAAAGAGCUGGAGAAACAGUACCGAGCCAUUGAUCUGCCCAUGUUCAAGCACUACAUCGGCUGUGCCACCUUCAUCUUCUUCUGCAUCUUUGUGGUUCAGAUGUUUGUGACAAAAGAUUCCAAAAUGUUGGGAAUGUCAUUUGGAGUGCUGGCCUGUGUCCUCCUGUUGACCUUGGGCAUCUGUUUCGCAGGUCACCUGCAGCGGUUGUUUCCGGAGAAGUUGUCGUCCUGCCAGUGGCUGCCUGCUGUGUCCGAGGCAGUGGUCAAGAGGCCAUGUGUGCGCCUCCCUCUGGUCACUAUCACCACUGCGGUCAUCAUCAUCCUAGCAGUCUUCAACCUGUGCUUCAUCCAGACGAAGUCACCGUGUGAUAUCAAUGGUAACCCUGAUCUGAUUCGAUCUGACAACUCCAGUGAGCAGCAUCCAGGCAGCCUGUUCUACCUGCCGUACUCUGUGUUCAGCUGUAUCCUGGCUCUCAUAGCUUGUGGAGUGUUCCUGAGGGUGAGCUUUGAGCUCAAAGUGGUCUUCCUCACCCUGGCCUCCACAGCCUACUACAUCAUCAUCCUCAGCGCCAAGGCUGGUCUCUUCAGCUGCUAUGGACGCAUGCUUUACAACCAACUCAAUGAAAACAAAACUGAGGACUCUGGGACCAUCCUGAGAGCUUUGGGGCUGGUCAAACACCCUGAGGUGAUGAGCUGCAUUUACAUCACCUUGUUCCUGGUCACCAUGCUCAUCAUCUCACAACAGAAUGAGUCAUGCUUCCGCCAGGACUUCCUUCUGAAGAACAAGAACCGUACGGAGCAGGAUGAGAUCGAGACCAGGGAGAACCUGAACCGCCUGCUCCUGGAGAACGUGCUGCCGGCCCAUGUGGCUGCGCUGUUUGUCGGGGAGAAUAAAAAGAACGAGGAUCUGUACUACAAGUCAUAUGACUGUGUGUGUGUGAUGUUUGCCUCGGUACCGGACUUCAAAGAGUUCUACACGGAGUGUGACAUCAACAAGGAAGGUCUGGAGUGUCUGAGGCUCCUCAAUGAGAUCAUAGCAGAUUUUGAUGAGCUGCUGUCCAAGCCCAAGUUCAGUGGAGUUGAGAAGAUCAAGACCAUCGGAAGCACUUAUAUGGCGGCCGCUGGGCUGAGUGGCACCCCAGGACAGGAGAAUAACCAGGAUCGAGAUAGGCAGCAGGCACAGAUAGGGAACAUGGUAGAGUUUGCCAUUGCCCUCAUUGGCAAGCUGGACGGCAUCAACAGACACUCCUUCAACAGUUUUAGGCUACGUGUGGGCAUUAACCAUGGGCCUGUCAUUGCUGGGGUGAUUGGAGCCAGAAAACCUCAGUAUGACAUCUGGGGCAACACUGUCAACGUGGCCAGUAGGAUGGAGAGCACUGGAGAGCUGGGCAAGAUUCAGGUCACAGAGGAGACGUCGGACGUGCUCCAGAAGCUGGGCUACUCCUGCGAAUGCCGAGGCCUCAUCAACGUCAAGGGAAAAGGCGAGCUGACAACCUUCUUUGUGUGUACGGACAUGAGCAAGCAGCAGGGAAUGGGCCUGAGCUGAGCACACUACUGUGUGUGUGUGGACUCUGGGCCUGGUUGCUUAUACGUGUGCUGGGUCGGUCGCAGGACAGUCUAGCAUUCAGCACAGACUAAUUACACGAACGCACAUAAGUUAACAUUCUUAGAGUAAACCUACCGGAGCACACAAAUAUAAUCCAUCUCAGUGCUUCAGUCAGCGAUGAUCCUGACCAGAACAAGACUUGAAGACAUUACCUUGUGGUCCUAGAGAUUAUAUUUCAGAUUGUUCAUGUUUCCAGGAAUCCCUUUUGGAGAUUCUUUAUUGGAAAUAAAUUCUUACUGCAGCUGACUUGUUUUGGAGAUCCAGUUCCAACGUGUGCAUUCAAUUGACAUGGAGGUUACGUCAAGCACUGGUCGUCGUCAUACUGGAUUCUAUCACCUGAUAUUCCUGGAAUCACGAUGCACAAAAAAAGAUAUUCAGUCCGCUCUUAAAACUGAGCUGUUUAUCAAGCAAAUGGUGACCAAAACAAUGGAGUGAGUUCUGCUGCAUGUGGAGUGACAGAAGUGUACUGUUCAUACUCUGUCAUGGUUUUCUAGACCUUAAAAAGGUAGACUAAGCGAAAUUACGUUGUAACGAGCUGCGAUGCAAGACUUUGCUCACGGGUUCCCUUCAUGCUGUGACAGCAGAGAAGUUUAAACUUGCACUCCAACGCUCUGUGGAAUGGACAGUUUAUAUGGUAUGAAGUGUACUGUUUUCAAAUAAGCUGAUGAAGAAUAAGUGCUAUAUGCACUACAAUCAAUUUGAGUAAAACAAAACAUUCUGGUGACUGUAUGAAAAGUUUAGUUUGACUGAAACAAAACAGAAUUGUCUUGAGAGCCUAACUCAGUGCUGUGCAGUAUACUUCAGCCAUAGUUGUAAAUUUAUAGAUUGCAUUGACUAGCCAACAUUAACCUGCAGACAGGCAGCGUAUGCUUUUUGGGAAUCGUUGGUCAAACUAACAUUGUAUUUGGUGUUCUUUGUGUACCUAAACCUACUGUCUGUUAAUGUUAUAAUACCGUGAUAAGGCCAUUUUUAAAAGACCACCUGAAAUAUCAGCCUGUUUGGUGGGAUGGAGUUUUGGCCAGGCAGUAAAUUAGCUAAGACCAAUAAGAAAGAGUUCCAAACUGCUAGGCCAAUAACAGCUUGUUUUCAGCUCUCCCCAAUCAGACCAUGGACAGUCCUAGCAAAGAGCAAAUUUAGCUUAGAAGCUGUUUGUUUCAUUGAAAACAGUAACAUACUUGUUACCCAUAAAUGAUUUAAAAUGUCUGCAUUGGACCUUUAAGAUACAUUCUUCUCUGUGCCUCAACUGACUUGUCCUGUGGCCUUACUCGACAUCUGACUGCCAAACGAAUGUGUCCAUGUCUGUCAUGUUGCUUUCUGAGGAAUAAAUGUGAGUUUGCAUUUUGUA